AUGAAUCCCGCACAAGGACAAGCUCCCCAGCAGGCCCCGGCGCAAGGCCAGCCAGGCGCUGCUAAUCAGCAGCCGCGACCGCCGCCGAUGUACCAGCCAAACCAGAUCAGGAAUCUUCCAAUGUUGAGCGAGGAAGAGAAGAACAAAUACGAACAAGGUCUUAAAGGGUUGUGGAACAAGGCUAAUACCUCACCCGCAAACAGCCCAGAACAGAUCGCAGCGAGACAAAAGAUUAUUGAAUUUUCAAAAAUGCUUGUUAAUAAGAUUCAAGUGAGAAGGAGCCAAGCUCAGCAACAACAGCAGGCGCAACAGGGUCAACCAGGGGGACAGCCUGCACGACCAUCAUCUGGACAGUCAAAUCCCUCCGGGCAAGCCGCAGGAACGCCAACGACUACUCAACAAAAACCUCAACAGGCUCCAGCAACCAGUCAAGGCUCACAGGGACAGGCUGCCCCCGCCAGCGCCGCAGGCCCAACUCAAAACCAGAAUCCUCAGCCUGGAACUGCAGUUGCGGCUGGGCCAGCAACGACAGCGACGGCAACGACGGCACCGCGAUUAAAGAUUCCCGAUCACGUCUUGCAGCAUGUCAAUAAAAUUACCUGGCGCCCACCUCCUCAGUUCGCAGGUAAACCUGCGGCCGAAAUUACCAAGUGGAUCGAAGACAUGAAAGACAAAUAUGCACGAGCAAUACUUACCAUGGACGGUAGCAAGGCAAAAGUUGCUGGCAUGGAAAAACUCUUUAAAGAAAGGAGUGAUGCCGGAAGACCGCUUCAAGACGAAGAGCUUCGGCAAUAUCAGAUCAGAAGAGACACACAACUAAAGUACUAUCAGGAUGCUCACAAAUGGGUGGAGAAUGCUCGAAGACAGCAGGAGCUUUUUGCAAACCAUCAACAAGCAGGCGCACAGGCGAGUCAAAAUGGCACCGCCCCAGCAACAUCGGGAAGCCAGCAAAAUAACACACAGGCGACCCCUAGUGCGGCAGAAAACAAUGCUCAAGCUGCUACACAGAAUGUCACGGCGUCCGUCAACGCAGCCGUUGAGGCCGCAAAGACCCAGCAAAACCGGGCAGCUGCGAAUCGCCCGCCUCCAGCAAACGGAACUCCUACACCAACACCGACACCGGCGCAAAGCCAACCGCGCCCUGUACCUCAACCAGCACAGCAACCCCAAGGACAAGCCCAAGCCAAAACCGAGCAGCCUCAUCCACCUCCUGUCAACACUGCCCAGGCGCAGGCUGCUGCACAAGGCCAGGCAACUGCAAGAGUACAAACUCCUCAGUCGGCCACACCUGCUACUGCGGGAGGUCCAACUCGUGCUCUGAGUCAUUCUGCUGCGAUGAAUCUUGCAAACCAAAGGGCAGCAAGCACACCAAGUACCACUCCAGCUCAGAGUCAAGCCGCUACUUCUGGUGCAGGUGGUGUCGGUGGAGCAGUGAAUCAGGGUGCUGUUGUGCCUGGUGCUGUGCAACAACAACAAUCGCAACAACAACAACAACAACAAGGUCAUCCUCACGCCCACCCUACGCAAACACAAACAGGAUUUCAAGCGAAGAUGCCGAUCCCGAAGCAACUACCAGAAAAGGCAACUGCUGUCCCGCAAGGCGUUACCGUUGGCGGAGGCGUAUCGGCAGGACGUCCAACCAUGUCACAAGGAAGCGGCACUCUUGGAGGUGUAAUGAACCAGCCCCCGGUAGCGCGGAUCCCCGCCUACAGCCAUGAUGCUGAAGGGGACCACGUUUUGAGCAAGAAGAAGCUCGAUGAACUUGUUCGACAAGUUUGCGGGGGCUCUGGUGACUCUCAAGACGGCAAUCUUCUGACGCCAGAAGUCGAAGAGGUAAGAGACAAUUACCUGGCACCUAGUAAUCCAUGUGAGCCACAGUAA